AAAAAAUCAGAAAGUCUCUUACCUCCAUUUAACUCAAGUGCAAAAAAAGAGUUGGAAUAAAUUACUCUUCUUAUAGCCAUUCUUUCUCAUAACCAAUGUUUUCAUGUUAUCUUAAUAAACUUUCAAUCUAAAAACGUCAAAAUCUUUCUCUGGCGUCAUUAUUUUUUCCAAAUGUCACAAGCUGAAAUGAUUUUGAGUUAUUUCAAAAUUUAGCUCCACAAUGGCUUGCCCACUUUUUCAAUCAAUAAGUAAAUCACUUACCAUCGACUAUCAGCCAUGAAAGACUGUUCACGGCUGAUGGGUGACAAUUUCACGGUCGGUUGACCGUUAGGUUUUUAUUAUGAAGACUGCAUGGUGUUUUACGGCGGAUUAUUAUUUUUACACUCCGUUAGUUGUUUAAUUGUGUUUUUUUUCUGCGCCCUUCGCUCUAAGCUUGCAUUCCUGUGUACCUGGAAAAAAAUUGUUGCUCUCAAAACUAGUUGAUCAUCUUCGUAUAUCAUAAACUAUAAUGACCUUUUCUGAGUAACUAGUGUUUUUUCUUUUCCUAGUUCUUUGCUUCAUUUAUUGUUUCGAAGCUUGUAAAUUCUGAAGCAAUUUCCAUACUUGGUCUCAAAAUGGAUGUGCAAGUGGAGUCUAACGGCUUCGAAACUCCUAAAUCGAUCCUAAGGCGAACCCACGAAUACCCAAUGAAGCAGCUCUCUCAUAAUAGUGACUUAUCUAACGGGUCGCUAAAAGCUGUGGACUCAAAAAUCACGACUGUAAUAGACUCCAAAAAUACCUUUUACCCUGGAACUAAUCUCCAGUACUCACCUGUUCGGAAGUUGCGAAUCCAAGAACAGUCCUGGACGGCCGGGCAAAAAGCGGCCAAACUGGCGGUUAUUUUGGCAAUUUUGAUCGCAGUUGCUCUUUUGUGUGCCUCUAUUAUUCUAUACAGUUUUUCUACAGAGUUGGAUGCGUUCAGCUGUGGGACUAGCGGAAUUUGUGAUUUCGGAUCUGGCAAAGUCUACCAAGGCGUGAACGACAAAAAAGCUCCUUGGAAUCAGAUGCGUCUCCCCCACACCCUGUAUCCACUGAGUUACCACCUGAAUAUCAAUCUCCAGAUGGACUUUUUCCGAAUGACUGGAUCAGUAUCCAUAUUUCUAAUGUGUACUCAGAAUGCGACUAGUGUUAUAGUGUUGCACCAUCGGCCUAAUUUCGGAUCUGAUAGUGGCUAUCAAGGGAGGGGACAAACUGGUCUUGGAAACCCUGCAGGCGGAAGAUAUGAGGGACCUCGUCGAACUCCUGAAAUUUCACCAGAGGACCUGUUUGUAUCCCAAAUAACGCUCUUCCAUCUGGACUCAAAUCAGCCCCUGUCAAUCGACCAGGUGUUUUGGGUGCCCACCCACGAGUUUCUGGUGUUGACUACCCGGUCUGUCCUGAGAGUGGGGAGUGUAUACAAUUUGACCCUCCCUAUUUCGGCGGAGUUGAUGGGACCUGAGUCUGUAUUCGAUCACACAAAAGAGUCUUUUGCGAGUGUUGGCACGAUGUCUCACUCCAUUCGACAAAGACAUAUCUUCGCCCUGCGUGCUUUUCCUGCCAACCUGCGCUCUCUUUUCGCAUGCCUAGAUGAGCCCAGAUUCAGAUCCAACUUCUCAGUCAUCAUCCAACACGACUCAACCUACAAAGUGUUCAUGCAGACCAAAAUCGAUUAUGAAAUCAGCACUAGUGACUUUGUGAGACGAGGCACAGUGGAUCAGUUAUUUUCUGUGCCCAUGCCGACGUACAUGUUGUCAAUGAUCAUAGUGCCAGAUUCCUACCAAUCCUACAGUUACCAUUACGCAGGACCACACAACCGGUCAAGGCUGGAACAUACGCCUAAGGUGGCUCUGGUUGGGACAGGGGUGAGUGCUUCCAGUCUGUUUCCCUCUAGUGGCACAAGUGGGGCUGGUGGCGGUGCUGGUGUGAGUCUGCUCCUGCAGCAGCCUCUCUGUGACGUCAUCCUACAGCUCGUGUGGUUCUGCCAGAGACAACUCAGUCUCCAAUACCCAAACUUUUACAUUCAUGUACACUUUCUGCCGAAUAGCCCGGAGUCCAAAGGAAACUCCCGUUCUCAUUACGAAUCCAUUUAUGACCCAAUCACAGAGUACAAUAGGGCAGAAUACAAUUUCCUCAGUGGCUUCCCGUCGACCAUAAUCAUGGACCCAUCUAACAAGCCGUUUGAGGAAAUAGUUCAGCAUUUGUUCAGAGCUGUCAUUUUUCAUUUCACUCACGUGGUGCUUGCUUUGAACUGGUGGGAUGAAUACUGGUCUGUGAUUGGUCUGUCUGAGUUCCUGCUGAAAACAUGGCAGAGUCACUACAGCAAUCAACCAUGGGCUGUCAACUUCACCCAACUGAACAUCCAUAGAAGUACAUCCAUGUAUGACACAAUCAGACCAACCAAUCAUAUCGACGCCCUAGAGUUUCAAUUUCUCAAAAAGUUCUGGAGAGCAGUCCAAAUAAAUGCAAGAAACCCAGUUGAAAUCUUGCCUUCGUUCCAAACUGGAGUCGCAAACUCUACAGCAAUCAGAAAUAUGCAGAUCAUUCAGAAUCCAAUUGCAGCUAUCAAGGCCGCUUCUUUGUUCAGCAUGCUGUCAUCUGUGAAGCGGGAUGCCCUCAAACACAUCAUGACAUCCACUCUCUGCAGAUAUGAUGGUGAUGCUGAUAACCGUGGUGGUCUGUACAUUAGCCGCAGCUGUGGCAGAGUGUAUCAUGUCUCCAACAUCAUCAACUCAUUCUUAGACUUGUCGAAUACAAACCGAUUUGCGAUCUCCACCCGUGAAUUUUUCUUCAGAUGGGCAAAGUACGAGGGGGUUCCAGAAAUCACUCUCAAAACAAACGCUUUCGGAGAAGUUAUCAUUUCCCAGAGCGAAAUCACAUCCAAAACAGCACCUCCUCACGAACUAGAGUCUCCAUCAUCUGAAACAGAACUUCAGCUGAACUUCUUCACUGUACUCCUUGUGCCUGUCCACUUCGUCGGGGUUGCCAGAGCUACGAGGUAUGAGCCAGAAAUGGCUGACGGACAAUUUAUGUGGCUUCGAUUCCCCACUGAAACCCAUCCGAGCAGUAUUGGCAGAGGUCAUCUUCCCCUCUCCCACUCUCCAUCAGAAGACACCCCCUACUUCCUGGCCAACUAUCCUCAUUCCCAGUGGGCAGAACUAUCUAAACGCCUGCUCAAUUACUCCACAACACCUGUGCUCUCAGAUGUGAAAACGAGAUACUCUCUGCUAUGCAGUGCCUAUAUUCUUGUACAGAACAGUCGUCUACCUGCUCACAUUCUGUUCGGCCUGGUAGACUACGGGGGGAGCGAGUAUCACCCCCUCGGCUGGGAAGUGGUGGGGCAACUUACACACGCUUCCGUGACUCUGUUCCAUUCCACGAUGCCCUCUCUUAUCAAGAGAUUCUAUCGUCCGAUCUGGUCUUCGAUGUACAAACUGUGUGACUUAGAUAUCGACUUCUCUUCUCUGUCUUCAUCCAACUCAUACAAAACGUGGGCGUGUCAGUCUGUGGUGUCUAAGUGGACCUGUUUCUUCGAGAGUGGAUCAAACUCGAUGUCAUGUCAUCGCAGAAUGAGGGUGUUCCUCGAGUUUCUCAUGGAAGAUUACAAAACAUCACACUCGAAAGAAGACAAAAUCAGGUGGUUUCUUUCUCUGGAGCAUCACUCGACUGCGAUCCAAACCGCUCUUUCCUCGUCCUCUCUCGACGUGUGGGAGGACUGGCUCCAAUUGUUAACCACAGAGAGAAGUCACUUCAGUUCCACUUUAAAGAACAGCAUCAUCACUGGACUAGCCAUGACUUACGACAAUGAUGUAAACGCCAAUAUACGACUGUGGGAAAAGUUAAAAAGGAAUGAGUUGCAACUUUCUGAACCAGAGGCAGUUCUCCUGAUCAGUGGUCUCUGCGUCUACCCUCAAAGUGUGCUACUAACCCUCGAUCACCUUAGCAACCUCAACCAGGGAUACCCACAGGAUCCAGGGUUUCUUCAGAAUGUCUUCAACAGCAGCCAAUUUUGCCCAGUCAUCCUUCAAGUGGCCUCUUUUAUCACAGCCCAAACUGAACUUGACAAACUGAACCAAUUUUUCCAGUUUCUUUCAUCCAAAAAUUUAUCUACAUGUGUUGACAUGGAAACACAAAUAAAGCAAAAGUUCAUCGAGCAACUCGAUUUGUACAGCCAAAAUGUGGCGAAAACUCGGGAAUGGUUGAAAGAAUUUUUGUUCAAUCGUAUGAAGACUUAACAUUGAAAACUUUU